CGGCGGCGGCGGCGUUGGAGGCGGUGAGCGCGGUCGCGGGCGGCGGCGCUUGGGGCCGCGCGGGUGCGACCGCCGUUGGGUCGCCGCGGCCUCGUCGCCCUCCGCUCCAGGCUUGGGACGCCGUGCUGGGGAGGCCGGGCGCCCGGGCACAUCGCGUCAGACCUUCAAGUGCUCUGUUUGUGCCAAAUCAUUACCACUUGCCACAUGAGUCUAAAUCAUGACGGAUGCCAAGUAUGUCCUCUGCAGAUGGAAAAAGCGAUUAUGGCCUGCAAAGGUCUUGUCUGGAAAUGAGAAGUCAGCAAAAAAUAAGAGAAAAAAGGAAUUUUUUCUAAAUGUUCAGAUACUCUCCCUAGACAAAAAAAUUACGGUGAGAAGCUCGGGGGCCAAGAUCCUGAAGAAGGCUCACAUUGAAGGCAUCGCUUCCUCACUAGCUUCCCCGAACCAGGUCCCCGUCGCACCCCUGGAGGAGCUGGCCUACAGACGAUCGCUUCGGGUGGCUCUGGAUGUUUUGAAUGAGAGAACACACUUGUGUCAGGAAAGCUCUUUGACAGCAGAAAGACCCACUCUGUCUCCAAGGGUGAAGCCUGUGGGGCUCGCCCCCUUGCUCCGAGACCCUAGCUCUUUGCCUUUACUCCAUGAGGACAUGUCGGGCCAGCUCGGGCCUGAGAGGAAGGGGGGUGCACACAAGGGGCUGUCAGCUUCACCCACUCAUGAAAAGGACCCCACGUGCAAAGUGGACCCCAAGAAGAGGCUUGGGACAGGGGGAAGCCCACCCAACCCGGUGGUCUCCUCGGCCGGUGGUCGUUUUCAGGACAGUCGUGGAUCAAGAGUACAGCGGAAAACCUGGAGCACCCUGAGUAAGAGGAGGAGGAAUCCAGCUCAGGAGCGCGGCUUGUGUCAGAAGGCCCCUCUGUCUUCAGAGGGAGCUGGUGAAGAGAGUGAGAUGAGGGCGGGCAGCCUGGUAGGCCUGCACUCGCCUCCCAGAGCUGCGGAGGAGGGUCCUCUGGCCCGUGAGAGCCACCUGGGGGUGCCUUUGGGUGGCCCCUCUGUCCCAGAUGCCCACGGCCGCCCCGCCGAGCGGCUGUGCCCGGGUGGCAGCCAGAGGCCGAGGGUACGUGUGGCUCCACGCAGCCCCGCAGAGGAGACUGGAAGCGUCCGUCUCACCGAGAAAGCCCUUCAGUCUUCCGAAGAGGCACGGGAGCUUGAUCCUGUUCGCUCUGUCCUGGAGGAGGACGAGGAGGACGAGGAGCCCCCAAGGAUCCUCCUGUAUCGUGAACCACGUUCGUUUGAAGUAGGAAUGCUAGUCUGGCUGAAGUACCAAAAAUACCCCUUCUGGCCUGCAGUGGUGAAAAGCGUCAGGCGGAGAGACAAGAAAGCAAGUGUGCUUUUUAUCGAAGGAAACAUGAACCCCAAAGGGAGAGGCAUCACGGUGGCUCUCAGACGGCUGAAGCACUUUGAUUGUAAAGAGAAGCAGGUGCUUCUGGACCAGGCCAAGGAGGACUUUGACCAGGCCAUCGGCUGGUGCGUCUCCCUGAUCACCGACUACAGGGUCCGGCUGGGCUGUGGCUCUUUCGCUGGCUCCUUCCUGGAGUAUUACUCGGCUCGUAUAAGCUACCCUGUCCGCAAGUCCAUCCAGCAGGAUGUCCUGGGCACCAGGUUCCCCCAGUUGAGCAAGGGGGACCCCGAGGAGCCUGUGGCAGGGAGCCCCCCAGGCAGGAGGCAGGCCUGCAAGAAAGUCCUCCCCGACCGGUCCCGGGCUGCCCGGGACCGGGCCAACCAGAAGCUGGUGGAGUACAUUGUGAAGGCCAGGGGCGCGGAGAGCCACCUGCGGGCCAUCUUGAAGAACAGGAAGCCGUCCAGGUGGCUGAAGACGUUCAUGAACUCGGGUCAGUACGUGACGUGUGUGGAGACGUACCUGGAGGACGAGGAGCAGCUAGACCUGGUGGUGAAGUACCUGCAGGGCGUCUGCCAGGAGGCGGGCAGCAGGGCACUGGCGCAUGCGAACGGGGACAGGGUCCGCUUCGUCCUGGAUGUGCUUCUGCCUGAGGCCAUCAUUUGCGCGAUCUCUGCAGUGGACGCAGUGGAUUACAAGACGGCCGAGGAGAAGUACAUCCGAGGACCGUCGCUUGGCCACCGGGAAAAGGAGAUAUUUGAUAACCAGCUCCUGGAAGAAAGGAAUCGGCGUUGCUGAGGCUGGAGGAGGCUGUGCUCGUGCCUGGGAGCCCCGGGACCGCGGGCUGGGCUGUUUUCCUCCCUGUGUCUGUGGGGUGUCUUACUGGCUCUCCUGGAAGUUACAGUUCCUGGAGAGUUUUGAAGGACAAAGCUGCAUUUUUUUUUUUUUAUUUCACUUCAGUGGCUGUGCCUGUGCUGUAUGCGUUCAUAGAAGGUGCACAUUUGUUUUUUAUGUUAAAAAGCAUCGUAUCCGACAUUAAACAGGAGUUUUAGACAGACUCUGGUACGAGCCUACAGUUCCCAAGACAUCAGCGUAGUUCGACUGCCUCCAUGCCUCUGACUCAUUCCAAGGACAGCUGGUGUUAGUCAGGGUCAGGCAGCGCCUCAGACCCGCUGCUUUCUCGUGUCCGGCCUCCGCUGUAGCCCUUGAGCCGAGUGCAGGCCGAACCCGAAUCUCUCUGCCUCUUUCCACUCAGCCCCGGUGCAGGGACUGAGCCCGGCCACCCUCCUGGACAGCUGGGACGGCCCCACGGUGAAGGCAUGUGCGGCCGGGGCCAGGUGCAGCCAGGACAGACACGAGCACACCAGCCCAGGCCCAGCGUCCAGACGCCCAGAGCAGGAGCGGGUCCCAGCGCCGCUGGCCAGCACACACCCUGGUGCUUAGGGGCCCAGGGCGGCUUCCCAGCCCUGGGGACGCAGCUCGGCACCCGCAGUGGAGCACUUACGCUUCAGUGAGGCCGCGAGGCCAGUCCUGAGCCCCUGCCGCGUGGUCGCCGUGCACUCAGCAUCGCACCCGCAGGCCUGAGAAGGGCGAGCUCUGGCGGCCCCGCUGCGGAGUCUGCCCUGGUUGGCCUGAGGGGCUCCCAGCUCGCUGCUGUGGCCCACUCCCUUCUAGAAAAGUCCGACCGCGGGACCCUUGGGCAGCGAGCACCUCAAGAUGGGUUGGGGCGGAGAGUGGGGGCCUGUGGGUGGGGGUCCUGGCAGGAGCACAGCGCUGCUGUGAAGUGUUCUGUAUGUCUCUGUGCCCAGCUCUGGUUGUGGAGCUGAGCUGUUGACUGACAUUAAACGCCAUUUCGCA